AUGUCGACUGUAGGCAACUCAACCUUCCUGGUGGUGUUACGCCGUCGACUACGAGCCGUCAGUGACGGUCAGACGGUCCUCCUGAUGAACGCCGCCUUCUGUGACCUGGGCAUCUCCAUCACUGGCUACCCUUACGCCACCAUCAGCGCCUUCUACGGUGAUUGGCUCUUCGGUGACGUCAUCUGCCAGCUGUAUGGGUUCCUUUGCUUCACGCUUAACGAGGUACAGAUGAACACGCUGGUGGUGAUCGCUGUGUUCCGUUACGUCAGCGUUUGUCGGCCUCAGUUCAGCCUGGUAGUGUUCUGCUUCUUGUUGCAGUUGGUCAUCCUCAUCGUCUCAUAUUACAAGAUCCUCAACAAGUCUCGUCACCUCCAGCUCGGGUGGCCAGACACCGACCCAAGGCUCUUCCACGUCGGCGAGGAUGACGUCAACUCGUCUGAGGGCAUUAAGUGCUGCAAAUAUUACGUCUGUCUGUGUGAGAGCAACUUCAAGAAUGGGGUCGAGAAACACGUCUUGUGGGUUAAUAUGAUGAUGGUACUGAGUUUCAUCAUCUUCUGGACGCCCUACACCGUUGUCUCCAUCAUCUCCGUCUUCCACACCGAUCUGGACACCUUCUGGUACGUGUUUCCGACUGUGUUUGCCAAGACCUCGUGUAUGAUGAACCCGAUCAUCUACGGCCUCAGUCACAAGCUCCUCCGUCGGGAGCUCCUCGCCUUCCUUAAGACCUGCUGCUGCUGUUACCGCGACGAGAACGCCAUCAAGGAACUCGCUGACUUACGCAGGCGUAUGGCGGAAGGUACCUACGACAAGGAAGGUAUAUACGUGGGAAAGGUGCGUGUGGGGUUAUGUGCCUGCAAUGGUUGUGUUGUCGGGAGAAGAGAGACCCUACACGCGCAGAUGACCGUGCUGGCGAGGCUCCAGAAGAACGUGUCAGAACACCCCGAGGAUGAUGCCAACCCAGACAGGUCCGGCAACACCUGCGCCAUCACCCUGACUGAUGAGAAUUCUAGCGGCAACAGCAGGAGCAACAUCUCUAUCUGCAUUCAAGGAAAGCAACAGGAGGUAAUCAACGGAAAUGGCAAUGGAGGCGCAAUUGUCGAUCCCAAGGGCUGGAAUUGUUAUACGGGGGACCACCAACAAGAAUUGUCAUCUGAUAGCCAGCCAUCUCCCAAAAUCAAACCGAGUUGCUUCCAGCGCCUCACCUCAAGUUCCAGGCGUAAGAAAUCCUCUUCUCAGGACGACGCAGAGACGGAAGAAACCCUCCAGAUCUCCGUCACCACUCUCAAUACCAAAAACAUAACAAUGAUGAACGAGCCCGAAUUUCCUGACGAGGCCGCAAAGGGGGAACGGGAGGAGAUGAUCAUCCACACUACCUCCACCUCCACCGUCACCCCCAUCGACACCAUUACUAACACUCAGUCUUCUAUAUAAAGCCGGUCCAAGCACGUCAAAGGGUUAGUACGUAUGUGUUUGUCUCCACAAGAAAAUACAUUUUUUCCUUAGGUCUGAGAAAUAUCAUUCGAUCAUGAACUUUCGUUACUUUUACUUUUACUUUUAUCCUCUUCGCCACUGAUCGGCUUGUUAGCCGCUUGGGCGAUCGGUCACGU